UCGUGCCGUGCUCACUUUUUUUUAAAUAAAAAAAUGGAUGUGCUUGUCUUGUCUCUUCUCUUCCUCUUCGCACUCCUCUCCUCUCUGCUUCUCGCUGCAAGAACCAAUCCGGCGAUCCGGAAGCUCCCGCCCGGCCCUGCAAAGCUCCCGUUCAUCGGUAACCUCCACCAGAUACGCGGAAACCUGCUGCACCAGUCCCUAUGGGAAAUCUCCAAGCAGUACGGCCCGCUCAUGCACCUAAAGCUCGGCCAAGUCUCGGCCGUCGUCGUCUCCUCCGCCGCCCUCGCCAGGGACGUCCUCAAGACAUUCGAUCACGCCUGCUGCUCCCGUCCCCACAACGUCGCCACCUCAGAGAUCUCCUAUGGCGGCUCCGACAUUGCCUUCAUGCCAUACGGCGAGCGCUGGAGGCAGCUACGUAAGCUCUGCAUCGUAGAAUUCUUGAGCGCCAGAAAGAUCAACUCUUUCAUGUCCGUAAGGGAAGAUGAGAUCGCGAGGAUGGUGAAGCAUAUCUCUUCUAGCAUCUCGAGCUCCCUCUCCAUCAACGUGAGUGAGCUCGCCCUGUGCUUCUCUUGCAACACGACAUGCAGGACGGCCUUCGGUCUAGACAUCGCCUGCAACGACGUCAGCGCUUAUGACGUGCUUAAGGAAGCGCAAGAGAUGUUGCUUAGCUUCUUCAUGGCAGACUACUUUCCCCUGCUCGGGUGGGUCGAUGUGGCGACGGGGAUGAAAUCAAGGCUUCGGAAAUCGUUUCUUGAGCUCGACGGAAUCUACCAGAAAUUCAUCGAUCGCCAUCUCGACUCGAAGAGUCGAUCAGGAAGUGAAGAGAAUGAGGAUUUAUUGGAUGUUCUGCUUCGGCUGCGGAAGGAUGAGCAGCUGACAGAGGAGAAUCUCAGAGGAGUUCUUAUGAAUAUUUUUAUCGGCGGGACGGAUACCUCUUCAGCUGUGGUGGAAUGGGCGAUGGCCGAGCUCAUCCGCCUGCCGGAGUUGAUGAAGAGAGCCCAAGAGGAAGUGAGAAGCUGCGUGGGGAGAAGCAAAGGGAAGGUGGAGGAGAGCGACCUGCCCCAGCUUCACUACCUUAAACGCGUCGUCAAGGAGACGAUGAGGCUGCAUCCUCCGGUGCCGAUGCUCAUCGACCGGGAAAUCAUGCACUCGGUCACUUUAAGCGGCGAGUACCAAAUUCCUCCGAAGACGACAAUCUACGUGAACGCAUGGGCGAUCGGCAGGGAUCCGGAUGCGUGGGAGAGACCGGAGGUGUUCGACCCGGAUAGGUUUGUUAACAUGGUAUCGCCGGGGGUGAACUCGUUUGCGCACUAUGACUUCAAGCUGAUUCCGUUCGGCGAGGGACGGAGGAUUUGCCCGGGGAAGAAUAUGGGGUUGCUGAUGGCGGAGUUGGCGCUGGCCAACCUCUUGUACUCUUUCGACUGGCAAUUGCCGCCGGGAACGAGGGCGGAGGACGUGAGCAUGGAAGAAGCGCCAGGGAUCACCGUGCACAGGAAGCAUGCUCUCUGCCUCAUGGCAGCCAAAUCUGAGGCAGACUGAGUGAAGCAGGAUUUGUAUUUGCUGUCGGAUCGUGGUAGUGAUCCGAUCACAAAUAGUUACGAUUUUUUCUUGGGUUUAUCGUCCCCAUCAAAUUAUAGUUUUUGUUCGGAGCGGACGGCCGAAAGUUGCCCAGAGAACACCCUCACUCGGUGUCCAGUAACCUGAUCACUUAUCCACGGAGGCCGCCUACUCUGAAUAAAAAUUAUAAUUUAGUAGGGACGGUGAACUCAAGAAGGAAUCGUCAUCAUUUAUGAUCAGAUCGUGAUUACGAUUCAACUAUAAAUACAAGUGAGAUAUUCUCUAGACCCUAAAAAACAGUGGUCCAGAUCUGUGCUGCAAAUUGAACCUGUUGUUUCGGUCAUAUGGAAAAUAAAGUGUCAAGCGAAUUUUAAGGUUAGAUGACUUUCUUUUUAAUAAGAGAACGAAGGAUAGAUGCUUCGGUAAUUUUACAAAGGGGCAUUUAAACUUUCAAAAUGCCCAAAAAUAUACUAAUUUUCAUUUUA